CGGCGCUGCCCCCGCUGCGCUCACGGCGGGGCAGCGCUCUGAGGGACGGCCGGGGGAGCGGCGGGGCCGCGUCCGUCCGCGGGCUUUGCCUGGGCACGGGCUGUAAGUUCCGUGUGCUCUCAGUCCUACAGAGACACAGCCCUCUGAAAUUCAUGAACCAGCAUGCUCGGCAGGAGACCUAAAAAGAGCCCUCAGGCAAAGGGCCAGGGAGCUGCAGUUGCGAAGCAGCUGGGGCUGUUUGUGGAUUUCAAUCCUGAAGAGAUGCUGCUGGGUGCAGAGGAAGCUGAGGAUGAUGGGGACCUCGAAGCAGAGCUUGCCGCUAUCACAGGAGCAAAAGUGAAAGAAGGAAAACCAAAACCAAAGGUGAAAACUCCUCUGCCCAUGGAUCAUAUUGAAAAGAUGGCUGCAGAGUGUAUGAAGGACCUGCAUGAAGAGGAAGAUGCAGAUGAUGAAGAUUUGGAGAAAGAUACAGACCUAUUGGCAGAGUUGCAAGAAGUUCUGGGGGAAGAAGGUGAGGCAGGAAGCUGUGAGGAUGAAAUGACAGCAACAGAGCCAUCCCCAACUGAACCAGAAGCUGAACUACCUGAACUGCAAUCACAGACCUCCUCACUUCCUGCUGUUACCAGUGAGCUACAACAGACGCUUGAGGGCAGAAUUGCUGACUACAGGACGGCGAUUUCUAACGCCCGGGAGUCGGGGGAAAGCGCCAAAAUACGGCGGUACGAGAGGGGCCUGAAGACACUGGAAACCAUGCUGGCUGCAGUGAAGAAAGGCAAAAAAAUCAAUGAGGAAGAAAUGCCACCUCCUGUUGCAACAGGAAAGAGUUCUUCUUACUUACCUCAAGUGGAGCUGGAGAAUUCAGGAGAUUCACCAGAGAAUAAAGCUGACUCUGCUGCAGGUGAUGAGCAGAAGGCUUCUCCUGAGGCAAGGGAGCAUUUGGAAUCAGAGUCUCUGCAAGGUCGUGCUGCUGCUGAUCCUACUGUGGAAACAGAUCCCCAGCACAGCAGCACACGAGCAAUUCUACUUAUGAGGCAGAAGGAAUAUAAAUUAGCAGCUCUAAAAGCCAAGCAGCAAGGGGACCUGGAGAAAGCAAAGGAAUACAUGAAGACAGGCAAGAAAUUUAAUGUGGUGUUGGAAGCUUUGGACAGUGGGCAGCCAGUAGACCUCCAGAAUAUGCCUCCAUCUCCUCAGGAUCUUGAAAGCUUAGGACAUGUAAAAGAUGCAUCCAAGCAAAAAGUACCACCUCAGGAGGGAAGUUCCCAGGAUCUUGCAACACCUGUACCUCAGACCCAAGAAGCUUCAGAGUCCCUGCAGCAGCCCAGGACGGUGCUGGAAGCGCUGCAGCAGCGGCUGGAGAAGUACAGGGCAGCAGCAGCUCAGGCUAAAGCCAGCGGGGACGAUCGCAAGGGCAGGAUGCAUGACAGGAUAGCCAAGCAAUACCAAGAUGCCAUAAGAGCCCAUAAGGCAGGGAGAAAAGUGAAUUUUUCUGAGCUACCUGUUCCUCCUGGAUUUCCCCCUCUUCCUGGUGUUGCAGCAACAGAUGGUGGCAGCACAAUUGCUGCUGUCCUGGAGAGUGCCAGCAAGCUGGCAAACAUGGAGGAGAAUGAUGAAGAGGAGGAGAAUGAGCCUCUUCCCCAGGCCCCAGUUGCCAAGAAGCCAACGCAGGUUGUUAAGCCAACUCCAGUUCCAUCUGCUGCAGCUCAGGAGAGCUCUCCUGAGCACCUGAAACGAGCUGCAUCACCCUCCACCCUGGACAAGGCAGAGUCAAUGGAUCAUCUCCCUCCAGCUGUUAGGGAACAGCUGGAAUUUCUGGAGAACAGGAAGAAGCAAUACCUGAAGGCAGCCAUCAAAGCAAAGAGGGAGAACAACCUCGAACAGGCAAAGACAUAUCUCAGAACAGCCAAGGGCCUUGACCUAAAGAUUGAGCAGGCAAAAUCUGGCAAAACUGUUGAUAUUUCCAAGCUGCCAUCACCUCCUACAGAUGAUGAGGGUGAUUUUAUCUUUGUACACCAUGAAGAUAUCAGACUGUCUCAGAAAGCAGAUGAAGUUUAUGCACAGCUUGUAAAAUUGCUGAAGGAUCAACACGAGAGGUGUUUGCAGUACUCCAAGCAAUUCAUGCAUCUGGGAAAUGUGGCAGAAACAACUCGGUUUGAGAAACUGGCACAAGGUUGUAAAAAGGAUAUGGAGAUCCUACAGCUUGCACGAGCACAGGGAAUGGAUCCUCCAAGCCAUCACUUUGAGGAAAGAACCUUUAAAAUGAUAAGGAUAUUUUCUGAUCUCAACAGCACAGAAAUGCACCUUCUUAUUGUCAGAGGGAUGAACCUACCAGCCCCACCAGGUGUGUCACCAAGAGAUUUGGAUGCGUUUGUGAAGUUUGAAUUUCAGUACCCGAGUGCGAGCCCUGCACACCAUUUGACUCCCAGCUUUCUUCCCCUGUGCUUUAUUUCACUUGCAGAGUACAACCAGCUGUUCAAGCUGAACAUCAACCGGAACCACCGAGGCUUCCGGCGCGCAAUUCGCUCCAAAGGAAUUAAAUUUGAAGUGUUUCACAAAGGAUCCUUUUUCAGAAGUGACAAACACGUGGGGACAGCACACUUGAAGCUGGACAAGUUGGAAUCAGAAUGUGAAGUUAGAGAGAUCAUUGAGAUUUUUGAUGGCAGAAAGCCCACUGGAGGGAAACUGGAGGUAAAAGUGAGACUCAGGGAGCCCCUAAGUGGUCAAGAUCUUCAAACAGUUACAGAGAAUUGGCUGGUCCUUGAACGUUAGUUUUGUCUGAGAUCCGCAGGAAUGUUGGAAGUCGUGGGCUGAGUGAAGGCAGGAAGAUGCUGCUAAGCUGCAAGCACCAAAGAUGUUAAAUGAAUGCACUACUGAACCUAAUGUCUAUUUUGAUAACAGCCAUAGUGCUUAUUAAUAACUCCAAGGCAAACGGGAGGCUCUGGGAAUGCGCUGCUGCAGGGCUUGGGACCGCUCUACCCAAAAUAGACAGAAUUGCCUUAAUGUGGGACUACUGAUGUAGCACCAGGACGAAUGUUACAUUAACUAUGCAGAGUGCUGUGGGAAAGGUUUAGCCCUUUAAAAAUUCCCUGUGGCAGUGCCAGAGCUUUUUGGUUAAGUCACAGGUAAGACCUUCACCAGAAUUCCUAUUCCCAAGUGUCUGAGCAGCCGGUGUGGUUCAGUGAACAGUCUGCUCCUGCUUUGUCUGUCCUCUCCUAUCCAGGCCUGUUUGGUUUGGGGUCUUUUUUUGUUUCCUAGAUCAGAGGAGAGCUCUCGGGCAGCAGUUCAGGGGUGCCAGUCCCUCCUCUGUGCACACCCUUGGCACAUGAGGUUCCAAGGGCUGUCCCUUUCUGAAGGAAAGGCCCCAGGGCUCCCCUGCAGGUUGGUGUUUACAGACCUCUGUUUUUGUUCUGGCUCCCAGUUGUGUGCUGUGCUUGCUGCACUGCUUGUCCAGCACAGAAGGGUACUGUGCCUUCAUUCAUUUAAUGUAAAAUGAAAGAAAAAGUACACUAGACUCCACUGCUUCCCAAAUGUUCCUUGUAUUUUUACAAAAAUAGGCUUUUACAAUUCUUCCAGGUGAUGGGGAAAAUAGUCUCACUUUGUCCUUUAAGAAAACUGGAUCGUGACUUAUUUUCAGGAAUGCUUUUUGAUCAGCAGCAUACAAGAAGGUACUAAAUCUGUUUGUGUUUUUAAAUUUCUGUGAGCUAACAGAAACCAGGGAUCUCCAAGGGGAGAAUGUGCCUGUGCCAGGGAUGGGCAGGCUGGGAGACAGAACAGAGUCCACACAGGUCAGGCAGAUCUGCCUCUGUCUUCCUGAGCAGAUGAAGACAAUACAGUGUUUAGUUUUUAAUUUCAAUAAAUUUAAUAUACAAAACUACAUGUUGAAAAUAAAAAUAUAAUAUGCA